UGGUGCUCAGUCAUCACUAAUGCCCUGAUCCUGCUAAAUGGCCCUAGUUAAGUCUCAUAUUAGUGGAUGGUUCUUCUUCCAUCCUGUCCCCAGUUCCCCUGUGUACAGUAGCAUCCUUCUCCAGCUCUCCCUGGGGCUUCCAGCCAGUGACCGUGAGGUGUAUAAAAGACCGAAAGGAUGUCGCCACCACUGAAGUUAGCCAGGACACCACACAAAGAGGACACUUAACCCCAAGCAGGACGAGUCCUUCCUUUGUUCUGCUGGAGCAGAAGUCAAAGUGUUUAAUCGGACAACCGAAAUCUUCGUUUGCCUUUGUCAUCAGCAUUCAUCUGACCUCCUCUGCAGUUUGAGACCAUGGACACAGCUGCGGUGGUGACUCUUCUGGGUCUGGUUAUGGCGAUGGCUGGCGUCAGUCGAGCUCUUCAUAUCCAAGGCAGUCUGGACAAAAAUGACAUCCUGCCAGGCUCAGAGGAGAACAUGGCUGACCACUUGCUGGGGCUGGAGAGUGAAAACAUAGAUAACAGCAUUGAUGAUCGUUUGCUGACCGCAGUGCUGAGAGCUCUGCUGCUCGGAUCUCAGAGAGAAACCAGGAACUCUGUCCUCCAUCAGCCACAGAGGUUUGGUCGCGGCUCCAGGGGGCAGGUAGUGUCAGAGGAUCAGAUACAUUCCCGUGACUGGGAGGCUCCCCCCGGUCAGAUCUGGAGUAUGGCUGUACCCCAGAGAUUCGGCAAGAAGUAAUCCGGCAGGAAGAUCCACACACCACUGUCCUGGCACAGGGCCAAGCAGCGGGCAUCUGUGGAGAGACAGAAUUUGAAUGAAUAAAUCUGAAUUAUAAAAGCACAUUUUCUUUUCAACAUUGUCCCAGUAUAUUAGGCCUUACUUGACACCAAACAUUUAGUUAAAGCUGACAUGAGACAGUUUUUGGGGUUUUGUUUCUGAUUUCCGUCACUACAAAGCAUGUUGAUGAAUGCUGAUUAAGGUUUUCUGAGCAGACCUAAUUUGUCCUGACUGGAAUGUUAUUCAGGACCAGAUGUGUUUGCUGUAAAUUGAAGGCUACAUUUUACAUUUUUCUUCUGUUCUCUGGUCAAAUA